AUGCAGAGCUCCCGCUCCUACGACACCACCCAGCACUUCCUCCGCCUCGACGGCGGCGACUCCCGCUUCGUGAUCACCAACUCGGGGCCCUACUUCUUCAUCAGCGCCGACGCCGGACGCUGCCAGGCCGGCGAGCGACCCAUCGUCGUCGUCCUCGCCGUCCGCAAUAACAGGGACAGCACCACCACUUCGCCUUCGCCGCCCCCUAAGUCGUCGUCGUCGUCGUCACCACCGUCGCCGCCGACCUCGCCGCCUCCCGUUGCCACACCCUCUCCUCGUGCGUUGCCUCCACCGCCGCCGCUUCCGUCUACGGGGAACGCUUCAUCGCCGGCGCCGGUGCCCGCGCCCACACCGGGGACUAACGGAACGUCAGCGCCACCGUCGCCGUCGUCCGCGACAGCAGUGAGGGGUGGCGUUCUGGCGUGCCUUAUAAUCGGUGCAGCAGCGAUGAUUUUAGUUUGA